AUGGCUGCAUCCACGAUUCUCCCACUCAUUCUCUUGACACUCACUCCAGUACUCCUCAUCACCAUCCCUCAAACCCUAGCCAAAACCCCUGUAGCCCCAGCCCCUGCACUUGCCGGUCCGGUUAACCUAGUCAGAAUUCUUGACAAAAGUGGCCAAUACAAAACCUUCUUUCGCCUAUUGCAACAAACCCAAGUGGGAAACCAAGUCAAUAACCACCUCAAGGGCUCCAUUACCGAAGGCUUUACCGUGUUCGCCCCUACCGACAACGCCUUCCGCAAUCUCAAAGCCGGAACCAUAAACAGACUCACCAACCAACAACAAGUUCAGCUUGUGCUUUACCAUGUCGUAGCAAAAUACUACUCUUUGAAUGGUCUUCGAUCGGUUCGUAACCCUGUUAGGACCCAAGCUACGGGCCAAAACGGCAUUUUUGUGCUUACCUUCACUAGUCAAGGAAAUCGGGUCAAUGUGUCUAGUGGCAUGGUUAAGACACAAAUUAACAAUGCUCUAAGGCAGAAAUUUCCUCUGGCUGUUUAUCAGGUGGACAAAGUUUUGUUGCCUAAGGAGUUGUUUGGAGCAAAGUCUCCGUCGGAAGUGGACAAAGGUUCCCCCGCUGACGGGAAGUAUUCGACGAACGAUGUGUGUUGGAUAUGGUGCAAAUAGUAACGUGACCAAACACAGUGAUGGCAGAAAGAGAGAGCUACAACCUACAAAUCUGCAGCGUGAAUAAAGGGAGGCGUGAA